GCCCCCCAGAAGACACCACAACAGUGACGCCCCUUAGAAGACACUACGACCGUAACGCCCCUCAGAAGACGCCCUCCAUGGAUUCCAUCGAUAAACGACUCCAACUCUCGCCCUCUCCGACCGAGUCCGGGAGUUGGGAUUUCGUAUUUUGGAUGGUGUAUCUAUCAAGCGUGAUCAUCGACAUGCUCUCGGCUCUGGAUCUCACUGCUGUCUCGACUUCUCUCCCAGCUAUAGUCAACAGCUUGGAUGGCACGGACUUCAUUUGGGUAGGGGGAGCUUACUCGGUAGCGUCUGCCGCUGUGCUGCCCUUCGUAGGCAACCUAGUCCACACUUUCGGACAAAAGCCUGUUCUCAUCGUAUUCAUUCUGGCGUUUGCGAUGGGCUCGGCUUUGUCGGGUGCUGCGAUGAGCAUGAACAUGCUGAUCGCUGGAAGAGCCAUCCAAGGCUUCGGAGGAGGGGGGUGCUUUUCCAUCACGGAAAUCAUAUACGCCGACCUCGUUCCCCUCACUGAACGGGGGAAGCUGCAGGGUAUGACCGCCGCCGCAUGGGCACUAGCAUGUGCGAUCGGACCGCCUAUAGGCGGCGCCCUCACGCAACACGGCGCGUGGCGGUGGAUAUUCUUCCUGAACAUACCGGUGUGCGCGAUUGCCUUGGUGCUUAACUGCAUAUUUCUGCGCACGGAGACCCACCGCAAGCGUCUCAGCCUGAAGCGAAAAUUCUCGCAGAUGGACUUGAUAGGCUCGAGCCUGGUGACGGGGAGUACGGUCUUGAUCUUCCUGGCAACUACGUGGGGCGGCCUCACCUUUCCGUGGUCGUCGCCUCAAGUACUCUCGCUCUUAAUCAUCGGCGGCAUCGGGAUGGUUCUUUUCUUUGUCAUCGAACGCUACUGGCUCAAAGGCCCCACUAUUCCCAGGGCCUUCUUCACAGAUCGCACCACUUUUGGCGGUUACUUGGGCACCUUCUUCCACGGGAUCUGUUCCAUAGCAACCAUCUACUACUACCCCGUGUACCUGCAAGCCGCUCAAGGCGCGACUUCCCUUGCGGCCGAUGUUGAUGUUCUCCCGCUUGCGACCGUCAUACCCGCAGCCGCCAUCCUGACCGGGCUCUCCGUCAACAUAUCCGACCGCUAUCGCCCACAAAGCUUCGUCGGAUGGGCUUUCAUGAUCGUCGGAUUCGGCCUCCUGUCGCUCCUGAACGAGCACAGUUCGCGAGCGAUGUUCCUCGCCCUCCAGGUCCCCGUCACCGUUGGCAUCGGCAUCAUCUGGAUCAGCUCGCAGUUCGCAGUCCUCGCGCCCGCGCCCGCCGCGAGCGUCACACACGCGCUAGCCUUCUUCACCUUCACCCGCACUGUCGCCCAGGGAUGGGGUAUCGUCAUCGGCGGCGCGAUCCUGCAGAACGUCCUCCUACGCGAGCUCCCGACCUCGUUUACAUCGACCCUGCCUAAAGGUGUGGAGGUUGCGUACGCGACCAUCGAAACGAUCUCGAGCCUGCCGGAGGCGCUCAAGUGGGAGGUACGCGCGGCGUUUGCGCGCGCGACGCAGCAGAUUUGGUUCGUCAUGCUUGGGGUGGCCGGCGCGGGUUUCCUGUCGUGCUUCCUCCUGCGCGAGGUGCGUAUGCGCGACAUCGGGGACGAGGACACAUGGAGUACUUUCUCCGACGACGUGCGGGAUAUGUCGCUGGACGGGUACGUUCACGACGGACACCGAGAUAGCUCCGCCACCGACGGACUACCGGACAGUCCCACGCAAGAGAUUAGCGUCGAGGCGGGAUUACUGCGAUGAGAAGCUUGGUUACUAGGCGGUUAAAUUUUUGUGUUCUCCAGAGCUACAGGUUAAGCAGACGGACUUUUUGACAAUGCACACCUGGUACGAUAUGCGCGUGCUGCUGGUUUUACAUGUGGUUCAUUAUUUUCCUG